AUGCCACCUACCAUUCAGCUUGGCCGGAAAGUGUGGACUACUCCAUUUUCACAAACAACUCUUGUUUGCCCCCCUGGCGCCGAGGGAUACACGAAAGACCGGGGAUGUAGCAUUGGAGCUUUACCGCAAUACAUUGUGAACGCCACAACUGAUCAACAAGUUGCUACCGCCCUGCGAUGGGCAACGGAGAGAAACAUCAGAAUUGUUGUUAAAGGAACCGGACAUGAUCUGAGUGGCAGAUCUACUGGCGCAUAUUCACUUUCGAUCUGGACUCACAACUUCAAGCACGUCGAGCAUCAACCCAAAUGGCUACUGCCCGACGGAAGUGGAACUGCCGACGUAGUAAUUUGCGGGAGCGGCAACACAUGGGGAUCUGUUUACAACGCCGUUCAUGCCAUGAAUCGGUCUGUUGUGGGCGGCGAAGACGCAACCGUUGGUCUCGGAGGACUUAUUCAAAACGGAGGUCACGGUCUUCUAUCUAGUCACUAUGGACUUGCAUCAGACCAGGUAUACCAAGUCACCGUCAUCACAGCAGACGGCCGACGACUUGUGGCCAAUCAUAAACACAAUGUGGAUAUUUUCUGGGCUGUUCGUGGUGCUGGUGGUGGCCAAUUCGGUGUCAUCACUGAAUUUGUUCUGAAGACUCACCCCGUGCCCACAAAUGUGAUUACUGGUGGAUUUUAUUUCUAUCAGGAUUCACCAGGAGUCGCCGCUUCAGUUGGCUUGGUAGGAUUUAAUACAACGACCGAGGCGAUGGAUCGAAAAGUCCAGAAGAUGAUAUCCAGUUUCGCAAAUGUCAGCUCUGAAAAUGUGCUGAAAGUUGUCAAUCAGACAUCUGAAGCAUACGGCUAUUGGGCAUACACUAAGCCAAACUUCCUUUCCAGUGCUUCCUGUGGUUCCUCAAGUCUAAUGAGCAGCCGUCUGCUAGGACGUCGCGAGCUUUCAGACAUUUCGAUGACAGAUCUGGCUAUCUAUCUCCGACAAGCCUCGACUUCGCAGUCUGGAACAGGAUCUAUGCUUCUCUUCGGCUUGCAGGGUGGUCCUGGGCCAGCAAAUACACCCCAGAAGAUGCGUGGAAGCGUUCUACCCGCAUGGCGCAGUGCGUACUUACAUGCCAUGUCUUACGGGGCAUCAUUGAAUGCAACUGCCGACUCACGUGGAGCAGCUAGCAUCUGGAGCUCGCUGGUACGAGGCGAAUUUGGAACCCGUUUGGAGGAAUUGGGCACCAAGAACAGGCUCUUACAUGAAUGA